ACUAAGCUAAGCUAAAGCCAAAGCGCAAUUUGCAUUGCACGGAACCCCUGUAUUUAGACUUUAGAUUGUGACCAGAGGCCGAGAGCUUAUCUCCAUAGUAAAUCCUCAAGCUUUCUUAUCCAGACACUGAAAAACCGAGAUUUCUGUCUAGAGUUUCAUUUCGUUAGAGAUGAACGGCGGCGAUGCUUACGGUGCUGUGGAGGCACAGUACAUACGUAGACACCAUAGACACCAGCCUAGAGAGAACCAGUGCACUUCUGCUCUUGUCAAGCACAUUAAAGCUCCUGUUCAUCUUGUGUGGUCACUGGUGAGGCGAUUCGAUCAGCCACAGAAAUACAAGCCAUUUGUGAGUAGGUGCGUUGUAAAUGGGGAGAGUGGGGAGCCUGGGAUUGGAAGUGUCAGGGAAGUCAAUGUUAAAUCUGGACUUCCCGCUACCACUAGCACCGAGAGGCUGGAACUCCUUGAUGAUGAGGAGCACAUUCUUGGAAUCAAGAUUGUUGGUGGUGAUCAUAGGCUUAAGAACUACUCGUCUAUCAUGACUGUCCAUCCAGAGAUUGUUGAUGGAAGGCCUGGAACGUUGGUCAUAGAGUCGUUUGUGGUGGAUGUGCCUGAUGGGAACACCAAGGAUGAGACAUGUUACUUUGUGAAGGCACUCAUCAAGUGCAAUCUCAAAUCUCUGGCUGAUGUCUCUGAGAGGAUGGCAGUGCAGGACCGAGUUGAACCCAUCAACCGGUUCUGAAUAGGUGGUUUCUGAAUAUGUGAUGAUGGUCUAUUAGGAUGGCUGUUCCUUUCGAGGGUUCUAAUUCCAGGGGCUUUUUAGAGAUUGAUGGGAGUACUCCACUAUUCCCAGAAGUUUUGCGUGCAAUGCUGGAUUUGCUUUUUCACCUCAUGCAGACCCUUUCUGCCUGCUUUUGCUUUGUUUGAUUUGCCUCUGAACAUCCAAGUUAGGAUUACCCUUGCUUUAGUAAUUAGGGCCUUGGACAAGUACUCUCAAAAAAGUCCUAUGAAUGGGAAAAGAUCGGCUCUAUUUCGCUGUUGCUAUUACUAGCAUCUGCAUGGUGUUGUGUAAAUUAAUUACAAUGACAGUAUCUGUAAAUAUCCAUGUAACACAGUUGCCGCGGGGAUUUAGGAAGAACUUGAAAUAGCAGUGCUUUGUUAAUUUUAA